GGGUUGAUGAGCUGCAUUGUUGUCUACGACUACGCGCGAUUCAAAUCACCCUCGUUUUUCAGCAGGCAAGUUCCUAAGCCAUGAAGGAAGCUUUUAUACUGGUUCUUUUUGCCUAAUCACCCCACCAAAUGGCUUCUAAUAACGGAUUCCAGUACGUCACAUAACAUAAGAUCGAGAAGCUCAGGUGCACUGAACCGGCAGAGCGGGUAAUAUCCCAAAGUCCUUUACCUGACAAGCCUGAGCACUACAAUCAGAAGGCCCCCUGCCACUCCCAUGGUACCCCUCAGACCGGUCAAAAACUACUCAGCACGAGGCCAUGUCAACGCCGUCCUCACCGAGUCCACUUUCCUCUCUCACAGACUCGUUCAUCAUCACCGUUCCCAGCAGACCGUCAAGCCGUUGCUUGAAGCGCUCAACGCCCAGUCACUACAACCACCACACCGCCAGCCGCAUACUUGCUCAGCCCGCAGCCCGCAUCAGCCGUCAUCCAUACGAUCGCGGCCGCAGGCAUAUUGCGCUGAUUUCGCUCAACCGUGCAAACACCAGUACCAGCACCACCGGCUACUCACUCCACGUUCUGUCGCCAGUACCACGACAGCUCAGCCCGCCUUGUUGCUAAAGCAGUGGACGGGGUGGACAAGGCUCCACGUCCGGUCCUAAUCUUGCUCAGGCUCGAGGUUCUCAGUUUGACGGCUGCGAGCAGCACACAUCUCAUCGACCUUCCAUCUGUUGGCAAGGAGCCUCAACGACCUGAUUGGGUUUGCGCUAACAUACCUACUUAUCGCCUUUCCGCCUAGCUUCCCCGGAUUCUUCGCCUCUCUCAUCACAGCAUUUUCCAUUCCCGACCGUCUGGUAUCCUUCUCUCAGCCGUCGUUUUGACUUCGGCCCUCGCUGUUGCUCCACUCGGCGCACUACGGGGGGUUUCAACGUCAAGUGCCUGGUGAUGGCUUUCGUGGCACAUUAGCCUCCCACCACACUCCCCCUCUUCUCACCCCGGCGUCGCUCAAUUUUUGACCACCGCUUCUGAAAGACAAGCCGGGCAGCUAGCUCUUCUUUUGUCAUUGACUGUAUUUCGUCGAGUUUGAUUCCGCGUGGUGGUACCUUGACCUUCGUCUUUCUGUUCUUACUCCUACUGCUAGGCAGUGUUUGUUCCACACCCUGCCCUGUCUCACUGCAGCCAUUAUGAAUCCACAUUAUCCUUCCAAAGUUAAGAGGCCUCUCCUCCAACCGGGAGUUGAAGAUCCGGGCCCUUCGUCAAUAUCUUUCACCCCCAUCGUGGAUGACGACUUCACCUUUAUACCAUUUGAGAUCCAAGACAAUCUUGAUCAACUGGCACAGUUCUAUGGACUAGCCUCUGGUACUCAAUUACAUCAACUGAUUGAACAACAGCAUUGCAGGAAGAGGAGAAGGCUUGCGCCAUCAAUUCCAAUGACACCCGAGCAAGGACCGACUUCGUCCCAGGGACCUCUAAUGAAACUCCCAUUAUCAGGAACUUAUGGUCAACGUGAUGAGCACUAUGGGGCAUCUUCAAGCUGGGACGACUGUGGCCAGAACUCAAUGCCGUCUUCUACUUCCCCAUUGACCAGGCGUAUGGCGGAUCUGACCUUGUUCUUCUGCCCAUGUUGUGGCUGGGACCCAAGACAUCAGGAUGGCUAUCAACAGCUCCCAAGCUCUGCACCGGCAGUUUCUGGUCCAGAUGCUCCUUACAUGGCAGAAAAACAACCGUCUAUGACAAUGCCAUCAUCUGAACCGUAUGAUGACGCAACUCUGAGCUCUGUUCAACAGCCAGAUUACAGCUUUCAACAACCUAAUUUGAAUGUUGCGCCCCUUGUCAACUUUCCUCUCAUCUCUGGUCAAACGGCGUUAGCGGAGCCUGUGAUGAGUGGUCCUGGGCCAACUCAUCAACCUCAUCUAUCAGCUGGAGACUUUUACGUCGCCCAAGCUUUCAAAGAGGAGCCACAGCUGGAGAACCAGGCACUAAUGCCCGGUCAACAGCUUGACACCAAGGCAUUUCCACAAGUCGGCUACACUUCCGAUCCUAGCCUUAUCGAUGCAAAUGCCAUUACUCACCAGAGCUUGGCUCCACCCGACAGCGUUCCCCAAUAUGGUAUGCUAAUCAAUACUCAACUUGGCGAAGAUACAGUGCAGAACGGGUGGUCUCUAAUGGAUCAACAAGCCAAUUAUGAAAUCGUGCUCACUAACCAAAGAGGGGGAAAGAGAGGUCCGUUCAAGGACCCAAAUCUCCGUGAACAAACUGCCCAAACCCGGAAGAUCGGUUCCUGUAUCAGGUGCAGAAUGCAAAGAAUUCGUUGUGAAAACAACCCCGAUGAAGAGGGAGGGGCCUGUUUGACAUGCAAAAAAGUCUCCAAUUCGAGAGCGGGGCGCUUUCCUUGCCUCAGAUAUAAGAUAACAGAUAUCCGACUUUUCAAACCGGGCCAAGUACCCGGUUAUGAAUGGACACGGCGAUGGACCAACAACAUCUCGGAUCCGAUACAGAGCUGGGCUACGACUGAAGAGCCCAGGACCAUCUAUCUGUCCGAGGGGCUAUCGAAUAAGUUUGUUAAGGUGAAGGUUCAACGAUUCAUUCCUCAAGCUGGUGACAAGCUGGAACGUACUUGGGAUUACAACGGUGUCAAGAAAUCAGUAAAGAUUCCUCCGUAUGCGAUGGUCAACCUCGAGGAGGCGAAGAAAGAGUACCUGGACCAUAUUGAGAAUAGCAUGCAGGAUGCUUUUACCAAGUUGCUGGGCCCACCUGAAGGCCUGCUAUUCCGAACGUACUUACGUGCUUGGAAAAUCUUCAAAGACCCGUCCACUACGCCAGAGUGCGUGGAACUUAUUCAUCAUACACUCUUGUUGUGGAUGUCGAUUCGUCUGACAACGCGGUCGAGCUUCAUUGUUGGAGAAGAGACCUUGGGGAUGAAGCAAAGUAUCCUGGACGAAACAAACCCGAACCAUGGCAAGAUCCCUCUUCCGCCUGUACUUGGCGCUCAGAUGGAUCUUAUCCUGAUUCACCACAUACAAACCAAGCUGCGAAGGGAGCUUCUGGACAAACUCCAGAAGAUGAUGUCAAAGAACAAGCAGAGCACUUGGCUAGUGACGUAUCUUGUGAUUUUCAUUCUUUUGCAUAACACAGCUCUCAUCACUGCUCAUGACGCUGGAUACGCGAAAAAGCACGGCAUGAAGCGACGCUUUGCGCGUGAGGAGAAGGUCAAAGAAUACCACCUAGGCGCAAACAUCUUGCUCGCACACUUCCAUUACUGUAACAAGGGCAUCUACCCUUUCUCGGAAGAUUGCAAAGACCAAGACUUGCGAACACUGGCAGGCUUGGAUGAAGAAAAGAUCAAGUUUGUCCAUCAUACUAGCAACCUGGCUAGACGGCAUGCGUUGCAAUGGGAGGAGAUCCGGAACAAGGCCGUGUACGAGCAUGAUUACUUUUUUGUCAGCCAAUUGUUCGAGACCAACUGGCAACCUCGAACAACAAUAUGAUCGGGUUUGGUUGACCAGUAACAUCUCUGGUAGUCCUCAGUGGUAGUAGGGAGGCAAUGGGUGACUUGGAACCAACGGCAUAGGCGCAGAGUUUGAGAAGAUGCUGUACUCACAGCGGAGGUGCAGGAACUGAGACUGUAUACGAAGUGAAUGGAGGGCGGUGAAUGUGGAUGACGGCGGCAACAGCAACGGCCAUAAUGACGAUGACGAUGACGAUGACGAUGAUAACGAUAAUGGAAACCAUUUUAAAAUGCCAGGGUAGUCUUGGUUACGAAAAGGCGGUCAAGAGCAGGUGAGGUUCAGAGAAAGAGACGAACUGGUGUGAUGGUUUGAAGGGAAUGACAUAAAGCAACAGCUAAAUUGGGUGCGGGGGGGCGGGUGAGGAUGCUAUAGUCUAGCCGAAGAGAUUGAUCAUUGUUGUUCAGUCCCGACAAACCGCCACAUGGACCAGUUCACGAUGCGGGACACGACAAAUCAGCGGGGAGGAGGGUCAUAAGCGAAACAAUGUAACAGGAGGAAACGGAGUGCACGCCAGCAAAUUGCGAUGCGAUGGAAGAAAGGGGAUGACGGUGAGAGGAGAGGGACAGGUACACCGAGAGAGUGUGCGGGCACCUACAGAAAGAGGCGAGAGUUUGCUCACCGAGUGUCGAUGGGAGACGGGCUGCUGCGUUUUGACGGCUUGCGCAUUAUUGCACAGAAACACGAGGCGGAUCAAAGGUUUAUAUGUAAGGUCGCUGAGGGUUGGCUCGCGGAGGGAUGCCGGACGGGCCGGGCCUGGUUGUGCGGCACUUGACAAACCCGGGCCAUUCAUACCGCAGCUAUGCUAUGACUUGUCUUGGCUCAGCCGGUCGACUUGGUCUGAUAGUGUGGAUAAUGCAGCACUGUGUACGGAGCACUACAUAACAUGUGUAUGUGCUUCCUACACGCUGUGUGGUUUAUUAGUACGUCUAUUAUUCAGGUUGUGUAUCCAUCGGGAAGAGCGGAGGGAUGACGAUGGGACAAAUGGGACGGAAGUAUGAAAUGAGACACGGAUUGCACAUCCCUUGCGUUGCCUUUCCUUUCCUUUUCUUUGCUUUGCUUUGCUUUGCUUUGACAGUCGAUUGUUGACCGUCCGAGGUGUCCGCGUCGCCUGGGCAUCAUUCUUUUGGCGUUGUUUUGACGGGGAACCAGUAAUUAGGAUCCGAGAAACGAACCAAACAAACCUAAGCUAAGCGGGUGGUAACGGAGAGUAAUCCGCCGGCCAAUGAAGCUGUACAACACCUCAAGUAAAGUUUAACCAUUGCCAAAGGAUCAAUGUCGACUGCCGUGUUUUUGGGGGCCCUUGUCGGCUUGUUGAACGGACACAAUGCUACCUAUAGUAGCACAGCUACGGAGUACUGCUAAGUUAGUAGUUACUGUAAAGGUGACGCCAGCCAG